AUGUGGCUUGAAAAAUACGCUCCACAAUGUUUAGACGAUUUAAAUAUUCAUAAGGAUAUAACAGAUAGAUUAAAGAAAUUAAGUGCCCACAAAGAUUUACCCCAUAUAAUAUUUUAUGGAGCUCCUGGUGGAGGGAAGAGUACAAGAAUAGAUUGUUUAAUAAAAGAAAUAUUUAAAGAAGAAAAAAUUAUUCGAAGACCAGAAUGCAUAACAAAUGCAGAAAAUAAAAUUAAUAUAAAUGUAGUUCAGAGUAAUUAUCAUUUAGAGUUACAAUGUUUUGAAUUAGGAACAAAAGAUAAAAUUAUUGUUCAAAGUAUUAUUAAAGAAUUAUGUAGUUAUAAGUCAAGUGCUUCCUUUUUUUCAAAAUCACCCAUGUAUCGUAUAUUUGUUUUUAAAGAUGCAGAAUUUUUAAGUGAAGGUGCACAAGCAGGAUUAAGAAGAACACUAGAAACGUAUAUAAGAAAUGCAAGAGUUAUAUUACAUUUAGAACAUUUAUCUAAAAUAAUUGAACCAUUAAAAAGUAGAUGUAUAUGUAUUAGAGUACCUCUACCAACAGAAGAUGAAAUUUUUGGGGUGUUAAAACAUAUAUGUGACAAUGAAAAUAUUUCUCAGUCUUUUAGUUCAAAAGAAUAUUUUAAAAGUUUAAUUAAUACUCAUGGGAGGAAUUUACGCAAAUGUAUUAUGGCUUUAGAAAUGACUGUCUAUGCAAAUUCAAUUAAACCACAUCAAUCACUCUCAGUUGCUUCUACAUAUAUAAACGAACUAUGUGAUUUUGUUUUUAUAAACCCUAGUCAAAUGAAAAUGAAAGAAUGUGUAACAAAAAUACAGAGCUUAAUAACAUGUCAAAUACCUGUUAAUUUCAUUUUUGAAACUACAGUUAAAUAUUUGUUAAGAUGUAAUUAUGAUUAUAAACUUAAGUAUUAUUUUCUUAAGUUGUGUUCGCAUUUCUCGUAUCUGUCAGAAAACUCAUAUGAUAAAAGUGUUUCUCUCAUUGCUUUUAUCGUAAACGCAAAUACUGCCAUAGUAAAAUAUAAUCUAUCAAAAAAGUGA